AUGGCGGAGGCAACCCGCUCCAGAUUGGCGCUUGAUUGGCGCGAGGGAUUCUUUAAGGAGCUGCAUGCUCGGUCCCAACAGGGCCUACCGCCUGAGGAUAUUGACAUCACGCAUCGAAAAACUUUACUUGGAGUCCUGGGUUGGGAUAUCUACAAGGAAGAUCGCCGCCACUUUGUUGGGCUCGACAACGACGGCGGCGAGCUCCUAGGCGUCUAUAAACCGGCGCCGGAGGCCUACGAAAAAGCACUGGGGCUGGCGAAGGUCCGGCCGGACGAGGCCGUUAUGGUCGCAGCCCACGCAUACGAUCUUCGUGCGGCGAAGGCGCUCGGUACGAAUACGGCGUAUGUUUAUCGUUGGACGGAUGACCGCAGCGAGGAUAUGAAUGUUGUUAGAAGAGAGAAUAAUGUGUUCCUCGGUGAGAGUGAGAGUGAGAACGGAAUGGAAGGGUUGUAUUCCGCUAUCGAGGCCUUAAAUUAG